CUUAAUCUGUGAAGUGAAUUAUUAUCGAAUUUAAUAUUUAUAUUUGAUUGAAUUCAAUGUGUUGUUUUGUUUUUCACAAUUUCUCAUAUUUCUUUUUUUCUAAAUAAGUAACAAGAAUUAUAAAAUGAGUUCUGGAUUUAUUUCCGAAACAGAAAUUAUAGAAGCAAGGCGUCGCCGCCAAGAAGAAUGGGAUAAAGUACGCACCGAAGAUCAACCAAAAGAGGCACCAGAGGAGCCCUACGAUACUCGGCCAUUGUACCAGCGCCUUGAGGAGCAAAGAUUGAAGAAAGAAGCUGAAUAUGAAGAAGCACAUAAACUCAAGAAUAUGAUCAGAGGGUUAGAUGAUGAUGAAGUUGGUUUUCUGGAUCUGGUGGAGAGAACCAAAGCAAAAGCCGCCCAACAGAUAUCAAUUGAAGAGCAGAAGGAAAUGCAGGAGUUCAGAGAGCGAGUGUCAAGCCUCGCAGAGAGUGAGGAGAUGAUCAGACUCCGCGCACAGUUAGCACCCGCUCGUAACACGCAACCCGCGCCACAAACGCAGAAAAAUAAACUGCAAGGGGUAAUUGUGCGGAAGAGAAAGGCUAGUGAUGUUGAUAACGAUAAACAGGAGACUCCCACGCCAGCCAAGCUCAAUGGUGUCAUCAGUUCGGUGCCAGUGGGUAGUGCAACAGACGGCGCGCUUCGCUGUGUAGGCGUGCUGCCCGGCCUCGGUCACUACGACACGGACACCUCGAGUGACACAGACGACUCUAGUGACCCAGAAUUGAAUGACAAUUGCUGUGUGAAACGCGACCUACUCGGACGGAGGCCGGAACAAACCGGCGAAAAAGCGAGGAAAGACGAAGAUAAGAGUUAGACUGUAAAUUUUUUAUUUAGUAGAAAAAAAAACCGGUAAUCUAUU